AUGGCAGAGGCCUGCAUCGUGUGCCUGGGUGACUUGCGCACCUCGGUGGUCGAAGACCCACCACCGGAAGAUGCCGCAGCUGUUCCCGCUGAUGAUGCUGACAAGGGCAUUGAUGCCGCCAAGCAUACCGUAACUACGAAUGCGCAAAGGUACCGCACCUAAUCUCGAUCGUGUCUGCCGCCGAUGAUGGCGAUGACCUCCCAUACUGGAGGCCUCCAUGGCCUGCCCUCCGCACUACCUUGACUGGUACCAUGCUUCCUUCUUGGACGGCUUGAAGAUCUAGAAGAUAUUCGCCGAAUAAGCUUGGAAGGUGAGGUUGAUCCCAGCUUCACAUGCAAAUGCGAAGCGGCUGGAGGCCUUCAGUAUGAAAUCUUUCUCGAACCAUGUGCUGAUAUGUUGUUCGCAGUAUUGAGACCGACGACGAAGCGAUUGCCCAUCUACUUCCCUGCAAGCACGAUUUACACAACUCCUGUCUGAAGCCAUGGGUAGAGCGCGCGAACAGCUGUCCAAUUUGUCGCACAACAUUCAACAUGGUCGAGAUCAGCCGCACGCUUGGUGGCCCCAUCGUCGACAGUUAUGCGGUGAGAGAUAAGGUGCAAGAGGCCGAGGUGGACCCGACUAUGAUUGUCGAAGACGAACUCUUCGCCGUCGAAACUUGGGAUCCGUGUCUGGUUUGCGGAUCUGCACAGGAUGGCCACGGCGUCAUGUAUUGCGACGGCUGCGACCGAUCAGUCCAUGUUUUCUGCGCCGGCUUCGACGACGCUCCCGACGUGUGGUACUGUGAGACAUGUCUUGUCGACCUCGAGAACGAUACAGAAUUGCCCGGUAUGGCUUCUGCUCUUCAAAGACAACCCCGCCGCCGCAAUCAGAACCGAAAUGGCGCCCCGUCCCGCCGUCGCUGGCAUAACGAUGCGAUGUGGGCUCGUGUUUGGCAAGAGGUGUCGAGGAGACUUGAUCUCGAUCUAGACUUUCCUUUUGACGAAGAGUCCGGCACAGAGGAGAGAACGGAAGAACAACGUCGUGAGUUUGAGGUCUGGCAGCGGCGAUUUGCGGUCGCAGAUAGUCAUGGUGCCACGGAUCGACUCCGCAGCAUCGCUCAGGGGCGACUUGGAAAUCUGCAGCCGCGUGCAGAAUCGCAGGAUGAGCUUAGAGCAUGGAACGCGUUCGACAAAGCUCGAGAAUCACAAGAUGCACCCUCGACUGUAAGGCGCCGCAAGCGACGGGCCACGCAAUCACCUGCCUCGCCGGGCGAGCCGGGACAGUCAGAACAACCUCAACUGAAAAGACCCCGCCUGCGAAGACCUCCGCAGACGCAAGCUGAGCAAGCAGAAUCAUCAAACGCCGCUGCUGGUCGCAGGAACACCGAAGAGCCAACCUUCCUCUCUUCGCUCUUGCGCGAGGUCGAGCAUAAGGCCACAUCUGCUACGUCCCCAGCUACAACGGAUCAUGCCUAUGGCCGUCAGUCACCUCGGAACUCGUCUCCCGUACGGUCUCCAGCAUCGUCCGAGCCUGGAACCCCCAGAGCCAUGGAGAGACCCUUGUCGCCUCCUCUCUCCUCGGAAUUGGUUCCCAUCUCACCAAUGGGGCAGACCUUCUCUCCCUUCUCUCCUGCGGAAACCCGUGUCACCUCGGAAAGGCCAAUCGACGCCCAGCUGCGAGGCCGUCGUCAUCGAGGCCGCGAGCGACAGCAAGAUGGCGCUUCGCCAGAAGCACGCCAGUCGUCUGCCUCGCCAUCGCGCUUAUCCUAUUCCGCGAAAGAAGAGAUCCAGAGGAUGGUCAAGCUCUCGCUUGGCGCACGGUACCGGGAGAAGGAGAUCACCAAAGAACAGUACACCGACAUCAACAGAGAUGUGUCUCGCAAGAUGUACGAGCUUGUGGGCGAUGCCUCUGCGCUUUCUGCUCAAAAAGAGAGGGAGAAGUGGCAGAGCGUUGCGAAUGACGAAGUUCAGCAGGCAAUUGCGGCACUAUCUACUAUAGCUGCUCCGGCUGAGGGCUAA